GAAUCAGGCAAAGAUGACGAGCAAGCAGGAGCCCUGGACACGACUUUCCCACAGUAAGAAGUUACCAGGAUGGGUAGCGUACAAUCCAAGGACCAUGAGGCCUCCACCAUUGAGCGGCGACACCAAGCAAAUGAAGAUUCUAUCCUGGAAUGUCAAUGGGCUGAGAAAUAUUGUACAGUCAGGAGGUUUCUCUUCUGCAUUGGCUCAGAGGGAGAAUUUUGAUGUGUUGUGUCUUCAAGAGACACAUUUGAAGGAGGGUGAUGUUAAAGAUUUCAUGAACCUGAUACCAGGGUAUGAGUAUAAUUAUUGGUCAUGCAGUGUCGCGAGGCUUGACUAUUCAGGGACUGGAGUAAUUUCACGGGUAAAACCAAUCUCUGUCCAAUAUGGAAUUGGCAUAGCUGAACAUGAUCAGGAGGGCAGGGUUAUUACUUUGGAGUUUGAGAACUUUUACUUGGUGAAUGCUUAUGUCCCAAAUUCUGGCCGUGGUUUACGUAGACUGGUUUACAGGGUUGAUAGCUGGGAUCCAUCUUUCGCCGACUUUGUAGAAAAACUGGAAAGUUUCAAGCCAGUAAUUGUUUGUGGUGAUCUCAACUGUGCUCGUCAGAGUAUUGACAUUCACAAUCCUCCAGCCAAAACUGAAGAUGCAGGUUUCACCGAAGAAGAGAGGGAAUCAUUCCAGAUAAACUUUGAUAUGAGAGGCUUCGUUGAUACCUUCAGAAAGCAGCAUCCCAAGGCUGUGGGUUACACCUUCUGGGGUGAAAAUCAGCGGCGUAACAACAAAGGUUGGCGGUUGGAUUACUUUCUUGCGUCAGGAUCCAUCAUCGACAGGGUUCAUGAUUCGUACAUCCUCCCGGACGUGACAUCCAGUGACCACAGUCCAAUUGGCCUUGUGCUGAAGCUCUAGGCAACCCUCAGUUGUUGCUGGGGGAAUGCUUCGUCAGGCUGAAACGUUUGCAUAGUCAGUUUUUCGUGGAUUUUGUACUUAAAAGCGAUCUAUCUAGAGUAAUCUGUCAAUGUUCUGCGGAGAUCUUGCGUAUCUGUUAUCUUACCAUGUCACUAGAAUACAUGUGCUCAUUAAACUUUUGCAAUGAAUGAAUGAAUUCCAAACCGGAGCUUGCUUAA